AUGAAUCUACUGCAAGCAAACAUGGAAAAAAUUAAAGCAUAUUGUCUGCCAACAACAUUGAAUAAUAUUAUUGUAAAAGACAAUCAACGACCAUUUGCUCAUGGUGCUUUUUGCAAUAUAUUCAAAGCGGAGAAUUAUGCUAUCAAAUGUCCACGUGUUCCAGCUUUACUUGAUUCUGAUGUAGAAGGCGCUAUUAUUCAUGAAAUAUUUCUGGCUCGACCGUUAAGUCAUAUACCCAAUAUUCUGAUAGUAUAUGGAGGUAUUCAAUUACCAGAGUUUGGUAUUUCUAUUGUAAUGGAAUUCGUUGAUGGUCCAAGUCUUGCUACAGCAUUGCUUAAUAACACAAUUCUGAAUUUGACAUUCGAAGAACGUUUAGACAUUGCACUUGGAAUUUGUAAAGGACUUGGAGAAUUGCACCUAGCUGGUAUUGUUCAUAGAGAUUUUAAGCCAGCAAAUGUUCUUCUUCAACCAAACUCUGCUGGACACGGUUACAUACCAAAAAUAGCUGAUUUCGGAGUGAGUUUUCUUAUUCAAACCGCAUCGGCUACAGCUGUUAAAAAUUCAGGUGGUACUGUUGGAUACGAUGCACCAGAAGUAGCUGAUGGAGAUACGCCAUCAGUUGAAUCCGACAUUUAUGCUCUUUCAUUUAUACUUUACGAACUAUUGACAGUUACACAUCCAUUUAUUGGUCUAAAAGAUACGCAAAUAAUAGCAAAAUUCACAAUGAAAGGAGAACGUCCUAAAGAUUGGAGUGUACAUGCUGUUCAACCAACGGUUAAAGUGGUACCAGAUAUAUUGAAAAAUACUAUUGAAAAAGGCUGGUCAAUGGAACCUAAAACUCGCGCGACCAUCGGUGAAAUUAUCUAUGCAGUAAGAAAAACGAUUAAUUCUAAUUGCAAGACCUGCAUACAAAUGUUGUGGACAUAUUUUCCUUAUUACACAAAAUAUGCAUCAUAUGAUUUUAUCGACGAAUACGACACUUUUGAAUUGUUAGCAAUACAAGAAAUCAUAAAAAGAUUAGUAAUUGAAGAUAGUGAAGCUGUUGAACUCUUGUUGAGUAACUACGCUUGGGGUUGA